AUGAGUCCUAAGCAUACUACUGGUACAAUUCUCGAGACAACAACAAUCGCCAUGGCUAUGAACGGUACAGCUAUUGCGGAAGACGGGCAUCAUGGAUUGUUUUCAGUGAAAUGGCCUGACAUACUGUCAAGAACAAGCUCAAAGUACUUGGUAUUAACUAUCUUACUCUUUAUCUUUUACCGAGCUUUUUUUUCGACUAAAAGCCGACCUCUACUUCCGAUCACAAUGCCAUUGGAUAUCAUAAUCACCUCAGUAUGUGUGACUGCUGGCGGAUGGCCUCAGAAAUUCCGAAACGUUUUCCGAAGAUAUGGCGGGCCCCUAUAUGGAUUUUCCGGCAUGCAUCAAGUCAUCUACGACCCGAAUAUUGGCGGACCUCUCUUGAUCAGUGGUCAACCUAAUCAUGCCCUCGAGUCCAGGACAGUGAUGUGGAGCCUAUUCAUGCGCGUCGGAGGUACCAACAAAGAGGACGGCGAAACCUUGCACACGAAGUGGCAGGCCGCACACAAAGACCUAUUGGCAGCACUCGAGCGCACUUUUCUAAACGAGCAUGGUGCCGCAGGCGCCUUGACAGACGGAGACAUCCCCAAGAGAAUAGCCAGCUUGAUAUCUUAUGUCGAUGGAAACGUUAAAAGUUCGCUUAAAGGGUGGGAACGCACUGCAAACAUAAAAGUUACCCGACCAGACACCCCGGAACAGCCGGGCAUUGUUGAGGUCGACUUGAUGAACCUUCUACGAGACUUCGGAGCUCACAUGGCAAUCUCGCUUCUUUUUGGAGAAGAGUGGCUGGCAAGAUAUCCGGAGUGCAUUGAAGACCUCUGGAAGUUUGAAGAGCAAGUCCUCUUCUUGAGCCUGGGUUUACCGAGAUGGAUACCGCUGCGAUCCUUCAAGGAGGGCGACAAAGCCCGCAACCGCAUGACGGACCGAGUGGGCGAGCUCUUCAAACAAAUAUCGGAUUACCAAGACGGAGCGAUCAGUGGUGAUGAGUUGAGAGACGUGCCGGCCGUGUCGUUCGAGCGUAGCAAGGUGUUCCGCAAAUACGAUGUCAGUAAUUACCAUCGUGCUGUGAUUGAGACAAGCUUGCUUCUUGGUCAGAACAGCAAUACGCAGCGCGCAACUUCAUGGCUUAUCAUCUUCAUAUGCUGUACCCCUGGCCUACUACAGCAGAUCCGCGACGAGGUGGCCCCGUUCGUCCUCGUUGAGCGUGACACUGACACAAACCGCCACAAGAUCACUCAUUUCGACCACCUGUCUAUCCACAACAAGUGCCCGCUGCUGAAAGCUGCCUUCUACGAGACGUUUCGACUCACAAAUGAGACAACUUCGGUGCGCCACGUGUCUAGACCAGUAGAGGUCCCCAUGUCUACGAGCUCGGAAAACCCCAGCACUCACACUCUCCCGCAGGGGACUUGGGUGACGGUGCUUCAUCACCUUGUUCAACAUGACCCCACGAUUUUCCCAGACCCUAAAAAAUUCGUUCCCGACAGGUUCCUUCAAACACAUCCUGACACAGGUGAGAAAGUUGCUCGACCAGGCUGUAUGAAGCCUUGGGGAGUUGGCUCCGGCAUGUGCCGUGGCCGUACAUAUGCCGAGAAGCAGGUUAUGGCCAUCGCCGCUGCCUUCGUCACACUUUACGAUGUUCAACCUCUGGGCGGCAAUGGAGGUGUGAUGGAGGCCCCCCAGGGGUUGCCAGGCACUGGCACUAAGGUACCCAAGGAAGGUAUCAGAGUGAGUCUGAGGAGAAGGGAGUUCAUCUGA